UGCGCGCAUGCGCCGGGCUUGGACCGACACUGACCAUCAAAGAUUAUAGAGGAGCUUUGCUGACCACCUGGCCCCGUCGCUGCUCAGGACACAGCCUCACUCGCCCCCGCUGUCGGCUCCACAUCGCAUGGUAACUUCGCCGUCUCUGUGUCUUACCCCCAGUCUAUGAGAAUACUGCCUAAGACUAAGCUUGACAGCUGAUGAUUUCCUCCAUUCUGUCCAGUUUCUUGCCGUUGUUGCGAAGAGCACCAACACUGUCCGUGCUACGAUGGAACUCAGCAAAGGAAUUUCUUGAUAUCAAGCCUACUACUUUGUUGUAUUUGAUUGCCGAGAAAAAGGGCUUUGUGGACCUGCCUGCUGUGGUUGAAGAUGAUUUAGAGGAACAGUUUGUCCGAGGACAUGGCCCAGGAGGUCAGGCGACCAACAAGACCAAUAACUGUGUUGUGCUCAAGCAUGUUCCCUCUGGAAUUGUAGUGAAGUGCCAUCAAACCAGGUCGGUGGAUCAGAACAGAAAAAUUGCCAGAUCAAUUUUGCAAGAAAAACUAGAUGUCUAUUAUAAAGGAAUAAACAGUGAAGUUUUGAAGGAAAGAAAAGAACAACAGUGGAAAAAACAAGAGAAAAAAAGGAAAGCAAAAGACAAUUUGGAAAGAAAAAAACAAUUUAAAGACCUUUUAAAAGAAUCUCCAGAUGCCACUUAGCUAAAGCAUCUUAAUAAAGAGUGAUUUCUUUAUAAGCA